AUGAAGGAUGGCGUUGAACAACUUCAUUUGUUACCAAAAUUUAAAAAUGGAGAGGCUGUUGUUAGAAAUGUAAAAGUGAAGCAAAACUUUGAUUAUGUUGAUGAAAUAUACAAUACAAUGAUUGAUGCAAUCUCUAACAAAAAACUCAAUAAGGCAAUUGAAGAAUUAAAAGGUUUAACACCACCACCAAUGAACAAAAUGCUUGACAUGCAGCCACGUGCUGAGGCUAUUGACAAAAAGAAAAGAAGGGAAAACAUGCCCAUUGUUAAUGUGCCACCAACAAAUCCUGUACCUACUGUUGUGAUUCCAAAUCCUGGUGAUAGCACUGCACGAAACAAGCCAAAGUGCAAAGCAUGCAAACAACCAAUGAAAGGCCACAAAAAUGUUAAAGAUUGCCCCAAGAACCAAAAUAAAUAAUUUUGUAAAAGGGCAGAG